GGUGAAAAAUCACUUUGUGGGUCUCACCUUUCUCAAAUCCCCCCAAUCAUAAGCCAUUCCGACGACGAUACACACUCUGUUUUUUUUUUGGUUUCUUUCUCUUCUUGAAUCGGCAAGGGAAGAAGCUAUGAUCAUGUACGGAGGAGGAGGAGGAGGAGCAGGGAAGGACGGUGGAUCCACCAAUCACAUAUCAGACGGAGGAGUGGUAUUGAAGAAAGGUCCAUGGACGGCGGCUGAAGAUGAGAUACUUGCUGCGUACGUUAGAGAGAACGGUGAAGGAAACUGGAACGCUGUUCAGAAAAACACAGGUUUGGCUCGUUGCGGCAAAAGCUGCCGUCUUCGAUGGGCUAAUCACCUCCGUCCUAAUCUCAAAAAAGGUUCUUUCACCGGCGAUGAAGAACGUCUCAUCAUUCAGCUUCAUGCUCAGCUUGGUAACAAAUGGGCUCGCAUGGCUGCUCAGUUGCCGGGGAGAACAGACAACGAGAUCAAAAACUAUUGGAACACGCGUUUGAAACGCCUUCAUCGCCAAGGACUUCCUCUUUAUCCUCCAGAUAUUAUCCCUAACCAUCAACUCCAUCCACAUCCACAUCAUCAACAACAACAACAUCAUCAUCAACAACAACAACAGCAUAACCAUCAUCAUCAGCAAAUGUAUUUUCAACCACAAUCUUCACAACCAAAUACACCAUCAUCCUCACCUCUUCCAUCUCCAACACCACUAAACGCAAACGCAAAUUCCCCAUCAUCCUUCACUUUCCAUACACCAACCGCUAAUCUCCUCCAUCCACUUAGCCCUCACACUCCAAACAGACCGCAAACUCCUUCUCAACUCUGUUCCACACCGCCUCCACCGCUACUUUCCUCUCCUUUAUCUUCCCCUCGCAACAACCAAUACCCGACUCUUCCUCUCUUCGCCCUCCAACAUUCCCAAACCAACAACAACGACACAAAUUUCACUUUCCCUAGACCUCCACCUCUCCUUCAACCGCCUUCAUCGCUCCUCGCUAAACGAUACAAAAAUGCUAAUACUCCUCUCAAUUGCAUCAACCGCGUCUCAACCGCACCAUUUUCCCCUGUUUCAAGAGAAUCCUACACUUCCUUUCUAACAUUGCCUUACCCUUCCCCAACCUCUCAAACCGCUACUUACCACAACACUAAUAACAAUUACUCGUCUUCUCCUUCCUUCUCUUUAAACCCUUCAUCUUCUUACCCUACAACAACUUCUUCCCCAAGUUAUCUCCACUCCCAUUACACUCCUUCUUCCACCUCCUUUCAUACCAGCCCGGUUUACUCCAUGAAACAAGAGCAGCUCCCUUCAAACCAAAUUCCCCAAAUAGAUGCCUACAAUAACAUCAACAACUUCACAGACAAUGAGAGACAAAAUCAUAACCUUAACAGUUCUGGUGUUCAUAGAAGAAGUAGUAGCUGCAGCCUCUUAGAGGAUGUCCUUGAAGAGGCUGAGGUUUUAGCCGCUGAAGGCAGAGAUCGUCCCUCGAAACGAAGACAACUCACAGCUUCUCCUCCGAACCACAACAACAACAACAACAAUGAUAACAACAACAGCGACAAUUUCUUCUCGGUUAGUUUCGGACACUAUGAUUCUUCUGACAACUUAUGUUCCUUACAAGAUUUGAAACGGCAGGAAGAUGAGUCUCUUCAAAUGAACACAAUGCAAGAAGACAUAGCUAAGCUUCUUGAUUGGGGAAGUGAUAGUGGAGAGAUCUCUAACGGACAAUCAUCUGUUGUCACUGACGAGAAUCUUGUUCUUGAUGUUCAUCAAUUCGCUUCACUAUUCCCGGCUGAUUCUACAGCCGUGGUAACCGCAACAAACGACCAUCACAACAACAACAAUAAUAAUAAUUGCUCCUGGGGAUUAAGCUAG